AUGUCCGGAGAUCCCGUCGUCGAGGCCCCUGCCUUCGACUGCUGCCCAGAUCUUCACGCACUGACCCCACAUGGAUCCCUCGCAGGGGGUUGGUCCACGAGAGGACAGAGCUCCCACCCCAGGGCGUCUGUAAACAGAGCGUCUGUAAACAGAGGCGUCUGUAAACAGAGCGUCUGUAAACAGAGCGUCUGUAAACAGGGCGUCUGUAAACAGGGCGUCUGUAAACAGGGCGUCUGUAAACAGGGCGUCUGUAAACAGAGCGUCUGUAAACAGGGCGUCUGUAAACAGAGCGUCUGUAAACAGAGCGUCUGUAAACAGGGCGUCUGUAAACAGGGCGUCUGUAAACAGAGCGUCUGUAAACGGGGCGUCUGUAAACGGAGCGUCUGUAAACAGGGCGUCUGUAAACAGAGCGUCUGUAAACAGAGCGUCUGUAAACAGGGCGUCUGUAAACAGAGGCGUCUGUAA